UAGAUUUAUUUGUAAACAAAUUUGGCAAUUGUUUGUCUGUCUUUCGAAAUCAGAUUUUUUGUGUCAAUUUUUUUCUAAUAAGAAAAAAACAAAAAUUCUUUAGAAGUUUCUGUGUAAAUGGCCAGUAGAGAAUCCUUUAAAUCCUUACAAACAAUCCAAUCAUUUAAUCAUCCAUCAUCGAUACAAACAGUGGAUUCUGUCAACACAAAUAGAUUCGGUUGGCGAUUGGUGGAUAAUACAUUUUAUGCAGUUAAAUUUACUUUUGAUUCGAUUUCCAUCAAUACUUCAAAUAAUGAAAAUGUAGACGACAAUCAUGAUGAUGAUGAUAUUCCUCUUAAAGACGAUGAUGAUGUCUUAAAAAUAAGAAAAAAAAUAGCCACAAAUAGUGAAAAGCUUUGUCAAGCAGACAACCUAAUGAUGCGAACAUUGAAAGACCCCCAGGAUCAACAAAAACAACAACUACAACAGAAUAGUGAACAACAUCUUCUUUGUCAUCGUAGUGCAUGUACAGACACAAUCAAUUCCCCCAGGGAGCAAUCGAAUUCAAGUGAAAUGCAGCAGAAAAUAAAGAAAAAUGAUGCCCCUGGCACCAGCAGUAGCAUCAGCAAUGAUGGAAUUACUUUGAAUAACAAUACGGAGAGCAUAUCGUCAUUGAAGUCGAUUGGGUCCUUUGUCUGUCGGAUUUGUCAUAAUGCUGAACAUCCUGAUAGGUUGGUAUCACCCUGUAUAUGCAAAGGAUCACUAACGUAUGUGCACACUUACUGUUUGGAACAUUGGAUAAGUACUUCUGGAAAAACCAAAUGUGAACUUUGCCAAUUUCAAUACGAAACCAUACAAACACUCAGAUACACAUGUUUACAAUCGCUGCGUAUGUGGUAUUCGCAUUCGAUGAGUCGACGGGCAUUGCAGGAAGAUUGCCAAAUGUUUUCUUUAUUGACAUUAGUUGCCUUUGGUAUUAUUGGCACAAUACUCGUUGGAAUACAACAUUAUUUUGUUCAACAAAGGGGUAGUAAUAUGCCAGCUGUAGCAAGAAUUUGGACAAAAGGAUGGUUGCUAUUCUUUUUGUUUAUGACGUUUUCGGUGUACUUCCUUAAUGUCUAUAUCCUAGUUCGAGGUCAACUUGGACCUUGGUAUAGAUGGUGGCAGUCUGCGAGGGAAAUAAAAUUAAUUUUGGAAAAUCGAAAAACAUUUCACCCAACAACAACAACGACGACGACGAUGCGGAGAUUGGAAAAGUCAGAUUCAACUGCAGAUACAAAUAUAGAUGUAGCAGCAGCUACAGCAACAUCAUCAGCAGUAGCAACAGCAGGAGAAGUAGAAAUGUCAACAAACUUACAGGAUGCACUGAGAAAUACGCCAAUUGCAGAACAAGACCAGGAGAUAGCAAUAGGUACAGUAUGCUUGACUGUCACCUAUGCCGUUGGAGAUAAUCGAGAUGCGGAAAUGGGUGGUAAUGGUAAUGGUUUUGGUGGACGUAGACGUGCGUUGGUACCAAGUUCCAGUGGGAGUGAUGAUACUUCGACAAUUGGAAUAAACAAUCAGCAGCAGCAGGAGUUGCUGCUGCUGAAUGAACAACAGCAGCAUCAAGAGCAGGAACAAGAGCAGCCACAAAAUGAACAGCUAGAAGGACAGCAGCAACAGGAUAAUAAUUGUGAUCAAGCUGCGGGUUCUUGCAUUGAUAUUUGAACAAGAAGCCGUACACAAUUGUACACAGUGUGUGUCCUUUAGGUAGGAUUUCCAUUUGUUUUUGCUUGCGGAAAAUUGGAUUUUUUUUUUUUGUUGUAUUUUAUUUAUAUUUCAUUUAUUUUUUUGUGUCAUUUUGUAUUUUUUUGUUUCUUGGGACUUAAUCUAUUUUCUGGGAUAAUUCUUUUUAUUUUUUUAAUUUUUUGUCGAAAAUAAAUUGGGUUUGUCCUUUUUAAUUGAGGUUCUUCAAAAAGA